AUGGCCAUUGGCAUGAAACUUUGGUUUAAGAAACUUGCCAUGAAUCAAACAAGCCGAUCAUAUCAAAGGAAUGAAAUGAUAAACAGAAGAGUGUCUGUCAUGUUGUGUAAUUGCUUUGACAUUUGAAAUACGUUAGUUUCCUUUCUGGCUCGCCAGUGUUUAUUGCUCUACUGCCAAGUCCACAUCAGUCUCUCACGGCUACCAUCUAAACUUUGUUGCGAAGUUCUUGAGACUCUGUAACUCCGCGUUGAAUCCGUGUAUUUAUUUCUCUUGCAGUGAAAGUUUUUGUCAGGGUGUCAAACAACUUCGGCAGAGAAGUUACAACUCGGUUCGUUGCAAAAGGGGCCAAGGUUUCACCAGCUAUACGGUGAAUAGGAAUGACGCCUUGCAGACCGUAAGCGUUAAGCGCUUUUCGACUUACUGUUGGGAAAACAAAGACCAAACUAACCAAAACGGG